AUGGAGCUAUGGCAACACGCAUUCUCCACCGGUCGACCACUUACACUUCUCUCUUCCCGUCCAAUCUUAGUCAAGGAAGCUAGCUAGCUUCGAAAAAAUGGCGGCUCUUGCUGCGAAGCUGCACGUUUUGAUGGCUUGUGCAUUGCUGCUCCUCGCCGUGGGAUGCCAGGCCAGCCCUUUCUGGCCACUGGAGGUCGGGUUCUACCACGACAAGUGCCCCCAAGCGGAGGCCGUCGUCAAGGCCGUCAUGGAGAAGGCCAUCUCCCAGAACCCCGGCAAUGGCGCCGCCAUGAUCCGCAUGCUCUUCCACGACUGUUUCGUUGAGGGUUGCGAUGCUUCCGUCCUCCUGGACCCGACCCCGUUCAGCCCGACGCCGGAGAAGCUCAGCCCGCCGAACGACCCUUCCCUGCGCGGCUUUGAGCUGAUUGACGCCAUCAAGGACGCCGUCGAGGCCGCCUGCCCGGGGGUCGUCUCCUGCGCAGACAUCGUCGCCUUCGCGGCCCGUGAUGCGUCCUGCAUCCUCAGCAGGGGCAAGGUAAACUUCGACAUGCCGUCCGGCCGCCGCGACGGCACCUUCUCCAACGCCUCCGAGCCGCUCAGGUUCCUGGUCCCACCGGAUUCCAACCUCGGCGAGCUCGUCGAUAGCUUCGUGGUCAAGGGCCUCAACGCCGAGGACCUGGUCAUCCUCUCCGGCGCGCACACCAUCGGGCGCUCCCACUGCUCCUCCUUCGUCCCCGACCGCCUCAACGCCCCCUCCGACAUCAACGGCGGCCUCGCAGCGUUCCUGAGGAGUCAGUGCCCGGCCGACGCGACGCCAGGAGGCAAUGACCCGACGGUGAUGCAGGACGUGGUGACGCUCAACAAGCUGGACAGACAGUACUACAAGAACGUGCUCUCGCACACGGUGCUCUUCACCUCCGACGCGGCGCUCAUGACGUCGGAGGAGACAGCGAGAAUGGUGGUGGACAAUGCCAACAUCCCCGGAUGGUGGGAGGACAGGUUCGAGAAGGCCAUGGUGAAGAUGGCCGGCAUCGAGGUCAAGACCGGCUACCAGGGCCAGAUCAGGAAGAACUGCCGCGCAAUCAACCACUACUAAGUGUAGUGGUACAGCAGCGCACGUACGUGUGCAUGCAUGGUGAAAGAUCACUCAAUGUCGAUUAAUUGUUUGCUGUAAUUAACCUGCAAGCGUGUUCAUGUUGUAAAAUUUGGCCAUUCUUUCGCUCCACUCUUUUUCUUAGCAUUUCAUCAUUGUCGGGUUGUACUCUUGUGCAUGCGUGUAACUGCAAAUCAAUGUUACGUUGUUA